AUGAUUAUUCUUCUCCUGUACAGUCUUGCAUACGCCUUGGUGAAUGAAAUAGUGCUAGUAGAGCGUGAAAGGGGCACAAAUCUAUCGGAUGUAUGCGAGGACAAAUGUAAGAAAUGCGUGUUCGCAACAGAUUACAAUCUUUCUCAACUAAUUGCUCUGCUGAAAGAGAAGAAAAUCCAUAAAGCGGCUGUAUGCGGGUACAACUGCAUACCGGGCAAAUUCGUGGUCAAGGAUGACGGCAAGAUUGAAUGUUACGGAAAAAAUGAAGACGAUAUAAAACAUGCAUUCUGCUACGAGAACUAUAAACCAGAAUACGAGCCAUACAACCCUUGCCUGCCGCAUGAUAACAGACCUGUCCGGUUAGAGUUUGUCUUCUGCUGCCCACCACCCUACCGGCCACCCCAAUACCCAUACCCGAAUUACCCAUGCCCUCCACCUGCAUGGUUCCCGCCGUGUGAUCCUUAUCCUUGUUACUCAUUCAGGUCAAACUGCUUCACUAGGCCAUCGUAUGCUCACGCAUACAACCCGUUCAAUGGUGAAAAUGACGAUGACUAUUUCUGA